CUCUCUCUUUAUCUGACACUGUCACCCACUUACACAAAAUCAUGGCUGACAGAAACAGCCGGCUCAGUGCUAAGAAGAAAGAGAAGAAGGUAGAAACCAAAACAAAUGAUGAGAAGGACAAAGAAAAGGAUAAGGGGAAGGAGAAAAAUGCGAAAAAGCCUGACAAAGUUGUGAAGAAGCCAGAGGAGACCCCCGAGCAGCCCAAGACGGAAGAAGAGAAGAGGAAUGGGGAAAGUGGAGGGGCAACAGGAACGGAGGCGGGGAACAGUGAAGAAAAUGGAGAGUUUGAGCCCAUUGAGCUGCCACCGUUUGAAAUUGUGACAGGGGAACAGAUGAGCCCGUUUUACUUCAAGUUUCAGUUCAGGAACGUGGAGUACUCAUCAGGGAGGAACAAAACCCUACUGUGCUUCAGAGUGGAUACAGCAGGAGGCAGCACAGAGCCUCUGAAAGGUUAUAUGGAGGAUGAACAUGCCACAGCUCAUGCUGAAGAGGCCUUCUUUCAACAGGUGCUCCCUAACUCUUCCCAGGAGCAUGAAAUCACAUGGUAUGUAUCAUCCAGUCCCUGUGUGGCCUGUGCAGCCAAGCUGACCGGCAUCCUCCAGCAGCGCAAAAAGCUCCGUCUCUGCAUAUUCUGCUCCCGUCUCUUUGAGUGGGAGCAGCCGGAGAUAGUAGAAGGGCUCCGGGCUCUGGCCAGUGCCGGCUGCAAACUGCGGAUGAUGAAGCCUUCUGACUUCGUGCAUGUUUGGGAGACAUAUGUGGAGAAGGAGGACCAGAGCUUCUCGCCCUGGGAAGAUUGUCAGGAGAACUACGAGUACUAUGUUGAGAAACUGGCUGAUAUCCUCAAGUAGAUGUGAGUCAUGUUACAGGUGAACAAGAUCUCCCCAAUGAAUGAACCACAAAUCAGCCUACCUGCGAAAUCGCCACCGGUUGAACAUAUAUUUUAAUGAACACUCAUGGCAACAUUUUGUAUUUUUUAUUUUGAUAAUUUCACAUGGAGUCACAAGAUACUUGAAUUUCUACAUAAAUAUAUCGUACAGUAUCCAAAGAACAAAGCAAUAACUGUUGUUAAAACAUUAAAUAACAUUUGGAUAAGCCUAACUUA